CCUCAUAAUAAAAACAACACAUACAUUCAAAAUCUUCUUCAGAAAGAGAGAGAGAGAGAGAGAGAUGACGGGGAUGGUGAUGCUAACAAGAGGAGGAGGAGGAGGCGGUGGUGAAAAUGCAGCUGAGGAAGAACAGAACCAGCUGUCGUUAGUAGCGUUGUUGGUGGCAGCUCUAAGGAAAUCAAUGGUGGCGUGUCGCGUUGACCAUCGAGACGACCAGAACUCAGCUCUACAUCAGAUGGAAAUAGGAUGGCCGACCAAUGUGCAACAUUUGACUCAUGUUACUUUCGAUCGCUUUCAUGGGUUUCUAGGGCUUCCAGUUGAAUUUGAAGUUGAAAUCCCCUGUCGUGUUCCAAGUGCCAGUGUUAGUGUGUUUGGUGUCUCAGCAGAAUCGAUGCAAUGCUCUUAUGAUUCAAGAGGCAACAGCGUCCCUACCAUUCUUUUGCUAAUGCAGGAAAGAUUAUACGCACAAGGGGGUCUCAAGGCAGAGGGCAUAUUUCGUAUAAAUGCGGAAAACAGCAAAGAGGAAGAGGUGCGGGAGCAGCUAAACCGAGGCACUGUACCUGAAGACAUAGAGGUUCAUUGUCUAGCAGGGUUGAUUAAAGCGUGGUUCAGAGAGCUGCCAUGUGGUGUGCUUGACGGGCUUUCUCCUGAAGAGGUGCUGCAGUGUAACACUGAAGACGAUUGUGCUGAGCUCGUCAAACACUUGAAGCCAACUGAAACUGCAUUGCUUAACUGGGCAGUUGAUCUUAUGUCUGAUGUUGUUGAGCAUGAAGAAUCCAAUAAAAUGAAUGCCAGAAACAUUGCCAUGGUUUUCGCCCCCAACAUGACUCAGAUGUCGGAUCCAUUAACAGCCCUAAUGCACGCAGUGCAAGUCAUGAACUUGCUGAAAACCCUGAUUACAAAAACACUAAGAGAACGUGAAGAGGCAGAUGGUGGGUACUCCCCUAUGUCGUACCGUUCUGAAGAAAUUGAAACCAGCUGUGAACUGACAAGACAGGCAUCAUCAGAAGAAGAUGACAUUGAAGAAGAUGAGGAUGAAGUCGAAUCAUUAAGUGAAAUGGAAGAAAGCUUCUUGAAACAACUGAUUGAAAACGAAAACGCAAAAGAUUGUUUCAAGAAAGAAUUAGGAAAUCUGGUGAAGCAGCAGCAACGGUGUAGCCCUACUAGUGGGUUUGAUUUCCAGGAGGAAUCAUCUGUAAACACGAGCGUCAGUGUGAGUCCCGGGGUGAACAAGAUUGUGGAAUGUGUCAAGUCCUAGAAGAAGAAGAUUGAUGAUUGUAUGCUUGUUUUUUCUUUUGUAAAUUAGUAGCAGCAGCAGCAGGUAGUGUAGUGUAAGUUUUUUGAGCAGUGUUUGGAUUGACUUGAGUUUGUUUGUGGUUCAGCUGGGGGCUGAACUUGUGUUGUUUACCAGCUGGUGAUGAUUUGUAACUUUACAUUGGAUAAUUAAUCCAGGCACUAUGUGCUGCCGUAGUUGCAACUUUUAUUUACAACUGCAAGUGUAUGGCAGCAGCGGAAUGACUUGAA